AUGCCAAAAUUCCCUGAGUGUUACGCUGAUAAAUGCCACCAAACAGCCUCUGUUUAUGUGGAGAAGGUGAAGAGUUACUUUUGUGCACACUGCUUCGGCUUAAAAUUUAAAGAGAACAAAGGAGAAAGUCUGGUCCGUCCUAAUGAUGUCACUAAGAAGCUUGAAUUAGUGGAAAAUGUGCUGAAGAUGUAUAAAGAUUUCGCAGCUGAUAAGUAUGAAGAUGAAGCUAAUGAGACAACAAUGAACCUAUGAGAUGAACUGAUAUGAGAAGUCGAAGGACUCAAAGAUGGUCUAACUAAAGCUUUGAAGGAUAAACAUUUCUUCAAAUUUUCUACUUUGAACACAAAAGCUGUAAACAUCCAGACAAUUCUGGAGGGUAAGAAGACUUUUGCACUCUUCGCUCUCAAGCAAUUAUGGAGAUCUUUCCAAGAAAAUAAACUGAAUGCAAAGACUUCUUCUAAAACAGCAACACAAUCUUCUAGAGAGGAGAAAAAGCUUCCUGAGGAGGAAGAAUUUGAAGAGGAAGAAGAAGAGUUUGAGGAGGAGGAAGAGUUUCGAAAUGAGGAUAUACUCCAAGAGGAGCUGAAGCAAAAAGAACUAAUCAUUGAAAUGCUUGAAGAAGACAACAAGAAAUUACGCUAUGAGAUUGAUGAACUUAAGGAACAUCUUAACCAAAAUGCAAUAGCUACUAAUACUACCGAGCACCUUCCCCAUCCUUCUCAACCCACUCCCUUCUUCACAGACCCCAUCCAAGAGACCGAGGCUGAGCUUCUCGAGAGUACUUUUGGGGACCCCCAAAACUUGUUAGAGAAGGAGAUGGAACAAGACCUUGAGUGCCGAGAGUUUGUAAGAGGCAUGCAUUGGAGCAAGGAGGUUAGGUUUUGAUUACUCCAUGAACCAGACAAGAAAGUAUUUAACCUAGUGGAUCAGGAAUCAAUGAAACAUCUGGAAGAGAUUUAUAUAGAAUAUGUGAAUGAGAUUGGAAGAGAUGAAUUUCACACCUUCGUAACCAAAAUACCUGACGAACUGAAGACUUUAUACAUUGAGUUUAAUUACAAUGGAUACUUCAUAAAGCUAGCCCCUUACUUUCCUUCAAUCUUGCUCCUUGGAUCAAAAAUUACAGAGGGAAUAAUUCUCAGCCUGUGCGCAAUAACUGCAUCUGAGAAAGAACAACUAGACCAGACCUUCGAAGACAUUGGUGUGAGAUAUGACAGAUGCCGGUUUAUUAUACCGAAGAAACAGAGAAUAGAGGAGGAUUAAUGACACUUCAUGGAGAGGGAUUUUAGGACUUUUAAAUGGGUAAUUGAUUCAAUUGUGGUUU